AGGUGUGUUUCAGCCUGAAAAGGAGGUGCAAGAGGUCAUAAGAUUUACUCACAGUUGGGCAAAUGAGAGACGAACAACUAGACCAUAGACAAUGAACCAAGUGGUACAACGUCUUUAACUCAUUACAGCAGCCACCUGGCAGUUACUUAAUUAAUUACCUCCUCAAAUCCCAUCUCAAAAAGGCAUUCCACCGCACCUUUGAUGGGCAACAGCUUGGUGAAGAAUGUGGGGUUGCCUAUGCGGAUCGACCUGUACUUUUCCUCAUCGGGAUACCUGUUGGAAGAUGACAUCAUAUGAGGAAGUACAGCUGUUCUCGAGGCCUUUCAGAAAAUAUAGUUUGUUCCUCUCAGGCAGAAAAAGACACAUAUAUACAAACCAAUGAGAGGGGGAUUCACCAAAGCUGCAAGCAAGCUGUGUGAAACUUGACAGAUACAGCAGCAUGUCUGCUCUAUCACUAUCCUGUUGGACUAAACUCCAGCUGAGGCCACAUAACAUGGGGGCACUUCUUAAAAAGACCGUCUGUGUUUGUCCAAACCAAGACUCCAGACGCUGCACCUCUGGAAAGCACAAGAGGAGGGUUGUCAUAACUGGCAUAGGGUUAGUGUGUCCUCUGGGCACAGGGACUGCCCUCACCUGGGACCGCCUCAUUAAAGGUCAGAGUGGGAUUGUUGCCCUUCACUCAGAGGAGUACAGGUCUGUUCCCUGUAGAGUGGCGGCACUGGUGCCCAGAGGAAAUGACCAGGGAGAGUUUAAGGAUGAGAUGUUUGCCUCUCAUGGGGAGAUCAGCAGCAUGUCUCCCGCCACUGUGAUGGCCCUCGGAGCAGCUCGGUUGGCCCUGGAGGACUCAGGAUGGCACCCCAAAACCCCAGAGGAACAAGUCAACACUGGGGUGGCGGUUGGCAUGGGCAUGGUGUCAUUGGAUGAAAUCGCUCGCACCGCCGUCGCCUUCCAAGAAAAGGGCUACAAAAAAGUCAGUCCCUUCUUUGUGCCUCGCAUCCUUGUCAACAUGGCUGCCGGACACAUAAGUAUCAGACACAAACUGAAGGGUCCCAACCAUGCAGUGUCCACAGCGUGCGCCACAGGUGCCCACGCCAUAGGUGAUGCCGCCAGGUUCAUUGCCCACGGGGAUGCAGAUGCAAUGGUCACAGGGGGAACAGAGUCCUGUGUGGGGCCUCUGUCAGUAGCCGGCUUUGCCAGGGCACGCGCCCUCGCCACCAAAUGGAACGACGACCCCACGCGGGCGUCAAGGCCCUUUCACCCAGAGCGAGAGGGCUUUGUGAUGGGCGAAGGAGCGGCAGUGCUCCUCCUGGAGGAGCUGGACCACGCGGUGAAGAGAGGAGCCAGGAUCUACGCAGAGAUCCUGGGUUAUGGACUCUCUGGCGAUGCCAGCCACAUCACCGCACCCACUGCAGAUGGAGAUGGAGCGUUCAGAUGCAUGUCUGCAGCCCUCAGAGACGGCGGCGUCUCACCGGCAGACGUGACGUACGUGAACGCUCACGCCACGUCGACGCCUUUGGGCGAUGCGGCCGAAAAUGCCGCCAUCAAGAGGCUCUUCCAGCAAAGAGUUGACAACCUGGCCGUCUCCUCCACCAAGGGAGCCACCGGACACCUGCUCGGGGCCGCGGGGGCCCUGGAGGCGGCGUUCACCGCUUUGGCCUGCUACCACGGAGUCCUGCCCCCGACCCUCAACCUGGACCGGACCGAGCCGGAGUUCGACCUGAACUACGUCCCCCGCACUGCGCAGCCAUGGCGCGUUCAGGGCCGGCGGGUCGCCCUCACAAACUCAUUUGGAUUUGGCGGCACCAACGCCUCACUGUGUCUCACCAGCGUCUGAUGACACAAGUCUUUAUUGUGUAUUCUUUACAACUGGUAGAGUUUCACUGAUGGAAUAUCUUUCUGUAGAAUUGAUAAGAACUACUAGUUGUUUGUGUGUUCUUAUGAACUGAUUUAAGGAAAAUGACAUUUAAAUGUUUCAUGAAAAUGUUCAAAUUUAAAAAUGUGAGUAAACUGUGUUAUGGA